GCCAUCUCAGCCGAGAAAUAAAUAAUUUGGGGAACUACCACCAAGAACUGCUGCUUGAACAUAAGUGAAAAUGUCAGUGAUUCACAUCAUAUCCAGAUUUGCAAGGUCACAUUCUGAGCCAGUAGCAAGACGAUUUUUCUGCAACAAGUAUACCACCUCUAAUUCAAAGAUUCCUGAGAAACCCCAAUGGAGAGAUACAAAACAGAAAGAGAAGGUUAAGGUGGAUCCUCAGACCAUUGAAAACCUAGAGAGGUUAGCGCUUGUCAACUUUAACAGUUCAGCUGGUGUAGAGCGAUUGGAGCAUGCCAUCACCCUUGCAGAGCAACUUGAUGAUGUUGAUACCACUGGAGUCAAACCAAUGGCAUCAGUCCUUGAAGAUAGAGAGUUAUACUUGAGAGAUGACACAGUAACUGAAGGCUACUGCACAGAGGAGAUUCUCAUGAAUGCUGCCAAGACUUGUGAAGGAUACUUUGUUGCUCCUCCUGGAAACAUCCCUCUGUCUUCUCAAGUUACCCAACAAGUUUCAGAUGGAAUCAGAAAGGAUGAAGACAGAUGACAGGAAUCAAGAUGGUUUGAUAAAAUUGAACAUUUUUAAGUAAAUCAGAGAACCACCAUGAUCCCUUAGUAUAAAGAAGCAAGCUGAUAAUAGAGGCUUAUGUCUUCUAGAAAAUAUUUAUAUUAUAUGGGUUGUAAUAUAAAUGAUGAUCAAUUCUAGAAUGAUGCAUAACUCUGAGUCUAUGACACAGAAAGUUACAAUCAGUUGUAAAAUCAAUGAUAUCUGUGUACGUAACAUGCCCUUGAUAUAUCCCACCGCUAUCACCUUAACCCUAAUAGGCCCGGGGAGGGAUCCCCCCCUCUAAAUCCGCCGCUCGAAACUGCGCUGCUCACUGACUUUUUAUGUUCAAAUCUCGCACAACUUUUGAGACCAAAUUUGUGAUUCCUGGGUACGCAUUCAAUUACGCAACAUUAUGUAAGUGCAUUUCAGACCCAAAACUGCUCAAAAACAGGAAUUCAUGUACAAAUCCAAUGCAAAUUGUGUAUUUAGCCAAAAUUCAUAAAUGUAUCAUUAUUUCUACUUUUACUG